CCUGUGUGGUGCCGUGGAGAAUGAGCUAUCGUCAAGUAGCAACAAACAUAUGUAUGAAGACGAGUUGUUCUUAAAAUUCCCCUUUACCAAUUCCUGCACUUGUAUACAUACGACUUAAAAUGGCGGACAAGUUCGACAACCUCGAGGAGCACCUGGAGAAGUUUGUGGAGAACAUUCGACAAUUAGGAAUCAUCGUGAGUGAUUUUCAGCCCAGCAGCCAGACAGGACUGAACCAGAAGCUAAACUCGAUGAUAACUGGGCUUCAAGACAUCGAGAAGUGCCGUCAGCAGCUCCAUGAGAUCAAUGUUCCGCUAGAGGUGUUCGAGUACAUUGACCAAGGCAGAAACCCACAGCUGUACACCAAAGAGUGUCUGGAGCGAGCACUGGCCCGCAACGAGCAGGUCAAAGGAAAGAUAGACACAAUGAUGAAAUUCAAAAGUCUUCUCAUCUCUGAGCUGAGCAAAGUUUUUCCAGAGGAUAUGGCGAAGUACAAGGCUAUACAUGGUGAUGAUGCCCCUUCCUUGUGACUGCAGCACUGUGACCAUUCUAACCAGAGACCCUUAAACUAGAAGUCAUAUCAGGGUUUGUCCAAGAUGGAUGUCCUUUCAUUGGCAGCAGUGAUAAACUGCCAUGUUCCAAGACAGUUUUAGUGAUGGGUUGGACGUAGUACUGUCCUGGACGGAUGACUCUACGCCAAACAAGGUUACUACCCACGAUUGGACCUUAUAUAACGGAUUGCUGUGGUCCAGCAGUUACUUUUUUAAUGCCACAAAAUCUGUCCAAAAUGAUUCUUGAUACGAAAUUUAGCAUGUUAUAUCAAAAUAAAAUGGUCAUGUUAACGUAGCCUUGAAUGGCAACAGUCCAAGAAUCAGUGCUCUUAAGAAGUGACCUAGUUGAUUCAACUUGAUUCCACUCUCCAACUGUCUCUCUAGAAAUAUUUGCUUUUGAGCCUGGAUUUAAGUAUUUGGAUGGGAAAUGUCUUUGUACUGCCAUAUUUUUAAUAAAUUAUUCUUAUUCUGCACAUGUUGGUCUGCUUUGCUGCGUUUUUUUAGUACAUUUAUUCAAUGGACAGUAUAUAAUUGUAUAAGUAUAGCUCCGAACACCAAGCACUGCCAUGCAGCCUAAUGUGUAACCAGCUUGUAUGUGAUGUGGUGUUGCCUUUCACAAACCAUUCUGAUGACUGUUUUGUAGCAAAAGACGGACAAGAUGUUUUGUGCUUGUGUACAUACCUUACCUUACUAUGCAUGUUUAGUACUAGUUCAGGUUACGCCUGAUACUGGGGUAAAUGUUUCAGUGUGUACUGUAAUGAGGUCAUUGAGUUUGGAUGACUCGACUUUCAUUGCUAGAGUGAUCUGGUUGCCUUGAAUCCUUCCUGUGUAUGUUGUGUUCAGGUCUUUGUCAAAGCCCAAGAUGUCUCAAGUUAAACCACUCAGAUGGCACUCCUCUGUGGCUCUGCAUUUUGAUGCAGCUAAUCCAGCAUAGGUACUGGAUUAGAAAAUCAAAAAACUGUUCUAUUUAUAGUCGCUCUUUUCAGAAACCCAUUUGUUUUAUAGAUUUGUUAAACAAAAUGAUGAUUUAGCAGUGCACCUGUGAAGAUAUGUCUAUUUUUUUAUCACUU